GAGCCCAUGGCCCAGUUUCGAGGAGCUAAGUGAAGAGAGAGAAGUCACCUUCCCCAUUUCCACUACUGGUUCGAGCAUUUUUGGAUCAGCAACUGAGGAACAGAGAAACCGAGUGAAGAGAGAGAAGUCACCGGAGGAGAGGAGAAAUGAACACCGACAUCACAGCGUCGACGAAGCCGGAGUACCCGGUGAUAGAUAGGAACCCGGCGUUCAGCAAGGUCGUCGGCAACUUCAACACUUUGGAUUACCUCCGGUUCACCACCAUCACGGGCAUCUCCGUCACCGUCGGCUACCUAUCAGGGAUUAAGCCAGGGUUGAAGGGCCCAUCAAUGGUGACUGGGGGAUUGAUUGGUUUGAUGGGAGGGUUCAUGUACGCGUACCAGAACUCGGCGGGGCGAAUGAUGGGGUUCUUCCCUAACGAGGGUGAGGUUGCUCGUUACCAGAAGAGUGGUUUCAAGAACUGAAGAGGCUGGGGGAAAUUUUAGAAAUGCAAAUGAAUUCGCUUUUCUGUUCUUCGAUUGCCUUUUGAUUUUGUUUCAUGGCGGGUUUGGUUAUGAUAAUGAUGCUUGUGAAUCGGUUAAUAAUCUUCAAAUUCUGGGAUUCCUGCAAUGUGAAAAAUUUCCUCACUUUCCUCUGUUAGCUUGGAUUGCAAAUGGCCAGUUGUGCUUGACUUGGCAGCUACUGAAAUGGAAUAUGUCAGUAUGGCUUUCUUCAUUUGUCUUAGCUUUGGUCAGUUUUAACCAGAAUUCUCUGAACUUUCCAUUGAUACUGGCAAGUGGCAGCUCGGAUUGUGCUUAUGAGUUGUGUCAUUUUGUGCAUUUCGUAUAAGCAUUCUCAUAGAUGGUUGCAGAAUUGAUUUGCAUUUGGUUGCAGUGUCUGCAUAUUGAAUUAAGGUGCUGUGUUAUUUUUGACUUAUUCGUUGAUCGUGAUGCACUUGGGUUGCAUUGUGCUUGUAUAAGCUAUGGUGAUAGCCUUUGGCUGCUGUAGCUAAAGAAAGGCAAUGCAGAAUG